AUGCCUCCUAAACCUUCCUCCCGUAAGGGCGUCAAGAAGGGUAUGUCCCAUACUUUGUCCCCUCAUCCAUCAUCAUCGCCCAUCCGAAAGAAGCAAAAAGGUAUACGAUCAGCCAUCCUAGAGCGAGCUAACAGCAGCUCCCCGCCAGGAACCCCCAAGAAGGAGCCCUCUACCGGAACCCAGACCCCAAGUGAGUACUACAAUCAGCUUACAGACCUUCAACAGGCUUUCCUCGAUAGCACUACACAACAUACCGUUUCUAACCUCUAUUCCCCCGGUGCAGAGAUCAAAACUGAGAUGCCUUUCCCCACUCCUGCUUCUGUCGCCAAUGAUGAGAACGAGAGUGAGUACAGUUUUGACUUGACUCCUGCCCCAAGCCCCAUCUCAGCCCCGUUUCCAUGUACCGAGGAUGAUAUUACCCUAUGUCAUGCUCCCACUGCUGAUCCCACUGGCUACCCUAUCUUUGUUUCCCGAAAUGGACUCUGGGACUGGUAUUAUCUUGCCUCUAACAACAAGACUACAGAGGCUUCCACUACCCCUACCAAUGAUACGACCAACGGAAAUACCAAGAACAAAAAUAGUGAGUUUGCCAAUGGUCUCAGUCUUUCCCCGAAUCUAUUUCCCUGCACUGAGGACGACAUCACCUUGUAUCCUUAUUCCAACCUCGGUUCCAAUUCCGCCAACAGUCCCACCUUCUCUUCUCAAAACGGACGUUGGGAAUGGAUUUUUCCCCCCGCUAACACGGAUAUAGAGUCAUCCCCUCCUAAGGUCAAGAUGGAGGACAUCCCCGAAGCCAACCCAAGGAUUCAGCGACCGAGCAAUCCCGUCUCGGCCACAUUCUCCACCGCCGACCUGGACCGCUUCGUCUUCCCAUUCGGUGGCCCCGACAGCGACGAUGAUAUCUCUUCGGUGCCCUCGCUGGUUGAAAACAUGGCCGAACAAGCCAGGACCGCGAAGCAUGUGAGGUUCUUCAUGAACACUUCCCACGACAAGCACUUCGUCCCCAUCGAAGUCCCCCCUCUCACCGGCAACGAGAACUGGGAACUCUGGCUGGCUGCCAUCCGUCUGCUCUUCCGUCAGCACUCGGUGUGGCCUGUUGUGACUGGGGAGCUUCAGCCACUGUCUCCUGGCCACAAUCUGUAUCUGUGGUACCAGCGCAUGUGCGAUUGUGCAGUGGCCCUUAUCUAUGCCAAUGUCUCUGAGGAGGUCCGCAAGACACCUUGUUUUAUCAGCAUCGCGCUCGAAGAUGAUGCUGAUAUGUUGAUGUCUCACCUGUAUGCUCACUAUUCUAUGCCUGGUUAUGGUGGUCACACUCAGGAGGAGUCUGAGCUUGACUAG